AUGGCAGGUGAUGAAGCUCAUAUCUCUCGAACUGAGUUCGACGUGCUAAAGGCCGAUGUCAAUCAGAUGAAGACUGUUAUGGAGCGACUAGCUGCGGCAGUAGAGCGUAUGGACACGACAGGAGAUCGAAAUCGCGUUGAUGGUCGCCAACGACGUGAGCCGACUCCGUAUGAAGAUUCUGACAGCGAGGAAGAUCAUUAUGCACCCCCACGCCGCGGUGGUUAUCGCAGAGACCGACGACGAAGGGAUAAUUAUGACGUUGGAGGUUUUAAGAUGAAGAUGGAUCUGCCAUCUUUCAACGGACAAAUGCAUAUUGAAGAGUUCCUCGACUGGAUUGCAGAAGUAGAGAGGUUCUUUGAGUAUAUGGAGAUCCCAGAAGAACGCAAGGUAAAAUUAGUGGCCUACCGACUCAAAGGUGGAGCUUCAGCUUGGUGGGAAUCUGUUUGUUUGAAUCGAUCUCGUCAAGGAAAGCCGAAGGUCGAUAGGUGGGAAAAGAUGAAGAAGCUACUGAGAGCCCGUUUCUUACCAAGUGAUUAUGAACAAGUUUUAUUUGGGCAGUAUCAGAAUUGUAGGCAAGGUGGAAGAACCGUGAAUGAGUAUACGCAGGAGUUCUAUCGACUGUCAUCCCGCAACAAUUUACACGAGAGUGAGGCGCAGCAGAUGUCUCGAUACAUUGGGGGAUUAAGGAUAGCGAUUCAGGAUCGUGUAUCUUUGCAGCAGACCUAUACAUUGGCAGACACGGUUAGCCUAGCCGAGAAGGUGGAGCGACAGCUUGGACGAAAUAGUAAAGGAUCGUGGGCAGCUUCCGACGGUUCGCGCACGAACUUUAAUCGUGCUACGACAGAAAAGGGCAAGGGGCCAGCGACGACUGCAGCGAAGAAACCUACUCCAGCGAACCCUUAUGCCAAACCUGACCCGAUCAAGUGUUAUAGAUGCGGACAGCCUGGUCAUCGUUCCAAUCAGUGCCCUAAAAGAGGUACUGUGAACAUGGUGGAUCAUGAAGAUGAGGAUGCAGACCGAGACGAUGAUGAAGACUAUGAUGGUGGGUUGGAUGCUGAUGAUGAUGGGGAACAACUCUCAUGUGUUGUGCGGCGACUAUUGUUGGCUCCAAAGGCAGAAGAACCACCACAGAGGCAUAACAUCUUUCGAACGAGAUGCACGGUGCAACAGAAGAUCUGUGAUGUCAUCAUUGAUAGUGGGAGCAGCGAGAAUAUUGUCUCUCGGCGCAUGGUGGAGAAGUUAGGGUUGAAGACAGAGAAGCAUCCCGCUCCUUACAAGAUCGGCUGGAUUCGCAAGGGUAAUGACGUACAGGUUGAUGAAGUGUGUCGGGUAUCCUUUUCUAUUGGCCGAACUUAUGUGGAUGAGGCAUUGUGUGAUGUAGUAGAGAUGGAUGCAUGUCAUAUGUUGUUAGGCAGACCUUGGCAGUUUGAUGUUGAUGCCACGCAUAGGGGGAAAGAUAACGUUUACAUCUUUAAGAAGGAUGGUCGACGAAUUGUGCUAAAGUCUCUUACAGAAAAGGAGUCAUCUAAGAUAAAGACUAUUAAGAGGAAGGAACUCUUCGUGACAAACAACGAUGCUUUAACAGAAAACUUGAAGCAAUCUGAAGAGGUCUGUGACUUGGUUGUAACUGAAAAAGAAGAACAUGCCUCUACCGAAAUUCCUCAUAAGGUGCAAACACUCGAUAUGCAUGAAAUGCAUGAUGGUGAUAUGAUAGUGAAGAUGGAUGAUAUGCAUGAUAUUCUUAAAGUGGUUGAGAGUGAUAUUCAACAUAUUAAUGUUGUUCCGAUAGAGGAGAAGGAUAAAAUAGAGAGUGAGACAAUUGAUGGAAACUAUCCACAGUCAUAUUCUCGUGGUAAAAAGGAAGUGAUUGAUCAAUUCUUUGCUCUUAAAUUUCCAGGCAGGAAGUGUUAA